AUGGGGAAACCUAUAGGUGCUACUACCCACAAGACCGGAAAGAUCACAUCGGCCGCUGUGGAACCUGUCGAGCCUAUUGAUUUUGACGUGGAUCAAUUUCUCUUUCGACCAGAGGAGGUGAAUGUGUCGAAUUGGCCAAAGGGGAGGUUACCGUAUAGCGUUUUGGUCGGAGUAUACGUACAGGUCUCCAGCACACGCAGUAGACUUCUCAUCGUCAGAGUUCUUACCAACUUUUUACACCUUGUACUUCAUGCCUCUCCGAUCGACCUCCCACCAUCACUCUACCUUCUCUCAAACCACCUUCUCCCCUCUUACCUCCCUUGCGAACUCGGCAUCGGUUCUCAGAUAUUGUCAAAAGCCAUACAAGAAGUAUCCGGUCUCCAACCUCGAGAUCUCAAGAAACUAUGGGAAAAGUGGGGCGACCCCGGAGAUGUGGCUUUUGAGGCAAAAUCAAAUCUUCGCACUUUAGUCCAACCGGCUCCUCUUCUGGUCGAAGACGUAUACAAUCGUCUCUUAGGAAUGUCUCGUAUCAAAGGCGCUCAGAGUGCUCGACUAAAAGGAGAUAUUGUACGGAAACUCAUGGUGCAAGCUCGUGGAGAAGAAGCGCGAUUCUUAGUGCGGAGUUUAGUGGGAAAUCUCAGGAUAGGAGCUGUACGUUUGACACUUCUUACCAGUCUGGCUAGAGCUACCGCUUUAUUGCAUAUGGAUAAGGAAUUGCUAGGACAAGUGAAGGAGAUCCCUCCUCUCGCAACGAAGGAGAAGGGAAAACGAGCGGUCAAAGUAAAGGUAGAACCUGAGCCAGCUAGGGAAGAAGUGGAACAGAAGUGUUUGGAAGCUGUGAAGUUGGUAAGAAAGGUAUAUGUGCGUCAUCCGAACUAUCGAGAUCUAGUGAUUGGAUUGGAGAAUGGAGGGUUGAUCGGCCUAGAGGACAGGGUCGCGGUCAACGUCGGUAUCCCAUUAUCUCCCAUGCUUGGUUCAAUAACUCGCUCCCUCAACGAGGUAUUCACCCGUCUCGGGACCCUCCCCUUCACCGCAGAAGCCAAGCUUGACGGACAAAGAGUCCAAAUACACGCUAGAUUCGAUGGACCCCAAGGUGAGCCUGACGGUGGUGGGAGAUGGGUUGAAGCAGAGGAUGGAUCUAGAAUCUGGGUUCGACUGUUCUCGCGACAUUUGGAAGAUAUGACGGAGAAGUAUCCCGACGUUUUACAUCUGGUGCUCACCCUCCUCACUCGAUCACUUCCUUCUCGAACCACCUUCCCCAAAGAAGCAUCAGAACCAAGUCAAGAUGUGUUGGCGUUGCUACAGACGAAGCAGAUAAGGAGUUUUGUCAUGGAUGCUGAGAUCGUGGCUGUGGACAAGGAAUCUGGAGCGUUCAGGACCUUUCAGGAUUUGUCGAAUAGAGCGAAAAAGGAUGUGAAGGUGGAAGAUAUCAAGGUGGUUGUUGGGGUCUUUGCUUUUGAUUUGAUGUUGCUCGACGAUGUGCCUUUGCUAGACGCUCCCUUUUCACAUCGUCGACAUCUCCUCCGUACCCUGUUCCCAUCAUUCAAAAACCCUUCCGAUCCCACAUUGGCGCGAUUCGAACAUGUCGAAUCUAUCGACUCCAACUCUCUAACGGACGUACCGGCCGAACUUCAAACUUUCUUCGAACGCGUCGUGGAGCAAAAGUGCGAAGGCGUCAUGGUGAAACUCCUCGAGUCUGGGGAAGGUAUAACAGGAGAGGAUGCAGAGGAUGAUGAUGUCGUAGGAGAAGGGAAAGAAAAUACUCCAAGCAAAAAGGGGAAGAAAGGAGGUGGAAACAAGAAACCUUUACCUGCGACGUAUGAACCUGAUCAGAGAAGUCAAGGAUGGUUAAAGGUUAAGAAAGAUUAUUUGGAAGGUUUAGGUGAUUCGUUAGAUUUAGUACCUAUUGGUGCGUGGUGGGGACAAGGGAGAAAAGCAGGAUGGUGGUCUCCUAUUUUAUUGGCUUGUCAUAAUCCCCAAACGGGAGCUUUGGAAGCAGUGUGUAAAUGUGACAUAGGUAUUUCCGGUUUCACCGAUCAAUUUUAUAAAGAUCUUCUCAUCCGUUAUCCUCCAGAAGGUCAACCUGAAAAAUGUAGUAAAUCUUCCCCUUUAGGAUAUUACGACACUGGUGGUCUUCGUCCAGACGUUUGGUUCGCUCCUAGUGAAGUAUGGGAGAUUAGAGGGGCGGAUAUAACACUUUCUCCUGUUUAUCCCGCUGGGGCCAGUUUACUCGGUGGGGAAAGAGGUUUAAGUGUGAGAUUUCCUAGGUUCAUACGUGUUAGAGAUGAUAAAGGUUGGGAACAAGCUUCUACUUCUGAACAGUUCGCAGAUAUGUAUAGGAGACAAAUGAGAGAAGUACCGAGUAGGGUUGUAGAGUCUUCGGGAGCGCAGAUAAGGGUUGAAUCGGAUGAUGAGGAUGAGAUAAAGGUUGGAGAUGAUGAUGGUGAUGAUGAUGUCGGGAUGGGUGAUGGGUGA